AACCAGAUCAUUCCGUGAGUCCGCGCGCGCAGGACUAACUCGUCGAUGGGGUGAGAAAUUGAAGAAUUAGGCGGUAUGCUAAAUCUUACGAGGGAGGUGGGGAUUCGGCACGCGCAGCCGAAGGGCUCCAAUUCUCGACCACUCAAGCUUUUUGAGGGCGCGCUCGAGGCCUGCGGCAUGGCGCGCUGGAGGCCUGCCGUAUGUCGCUGCGGGUCAAGGGUUGUACGUCGCGCGACUGCGAUGCCCCCAUGCAAAGAUCAAGCUCAAGCGAACUUUUAUAAUCGACAUGCGGGGAUGGAGGUGGGGGGAGGGGCGAGUGAAGAUGUGGCAAAUCGUUGGAAAAGCGCCGGAAAGGGGUGAGGGAGGGUGGCAGCGAAGGGGAGAGGGGAGGUGCGGGAGGGUAGGAGCGAAAGGGAGAGGAGGGGGGAGAGGAAGAAGGGGGUUGAGGGCGAAGCGCGAGAAGGAGGGAAAGAGGUAAUAAGGUGAGUAUUGCUCUUCGUAUUCUUUCUUCCCCCCUCCCCCCUUCGCUUACCUCCCCCCCUCUCACC